UCUAGGCGCCGAGCUUGCACAGCACAGGAAGGGGAAAGCCCCCCAAAGGCCCAAACCCUCGCAAACCCCCGUGCUCGCUCACCAUGGCGUCCCUCCUGCGCCGCCGCCACGCCCACCCGCCCACCGUCUCCGCACAUCUCAUCCGCCGCUUCUCCGCACUCCCCGACAUCGAUCCCGCGCCGACGCCCGUCCCAGCCGCCGUGCCCGACCCUACGGCCACGCCCGACCCCACGGCACCUGCCUCCGCCCGCGCCUCCGUCCUCGACCUCCAGCUCGCCGUCCGCGCGGAGACGGACCCCACCCGCGUCCACUCCCUCGUCGCCUCCGCGCUCUCCAACCCGGAGUUCCACCGCCUCCACACCUCGCGCGCCCUCUUCUCCCUCGCCGCCUCCCGCCUCGACCGCCUCCGCCGCCCCGACCUUACCGCCUCCCUCCUCGACCUCCUCAUCGCUUCCGCCCCGCCUUCCCCCGGCCUCCUCGCUCGCGCCCUCUCCCUCUUCCCAGGCCCAGACGACGCCGUCCGCGCCUUCUCCUCCUCGGUGCCCGAGGCCCGCUCCGACGUCUCCCUCUCCGCCCUCCUCGAUGCGCUUCUCCGCGCUGGCCGCCUCGACGACCUCAAGUACACCUUCAAAUCUGCCGAAUCAUCCCUUGGCGUCGCCCCUGGCCGCGCCUCCCACAACGUGCUCCUCCACGCUCUGGUCAAGAACUCCGAGCUCACGGCGGCCCGCAAGAUGCUCAAUGAAAUGACCAAAAAGAAGUUUAAGCACCGCCCGCCUGCGGACAUCAUAUCAUACAAUACUGUCCUUGCUGGGUUCUCUGCGCAGGACGAUGGUGAGGAGUUUGAGAAGCUGCUGAAGGAGAUCAAUGAAAACAAGCUGGAGCCAAACGUGGUCACUUACAACUGCCGGAUACAGUGGUUUGCCAAGAAGGGUGAAACAUUCAAGGGGGAAGAGCUGCUUGAUGUGAUGGAGUCAAAGCAGGUGCUACCAAACUACAUUACAUACAAUGCUCUUGUGCAGGGGUACUGCAAGGAGGGGAAUGUCGGUGCAGCAAUGCGGGUGUUCAAGAGGAUGAAGGUGAUGAAGAGGCGGGAGGGGAGGAGUGACUUGGGAGUGUCUGUGCACUCGCAGACAUAUGUGGUGCUUUUUAGGACUUUGGUAGAGAAUGAAAGGCUUGAUGAUGCACUGUGGAUUUGUAAGAGCUGCUUUGCAAUGAAGGCAGCCCCAACGUUUGAGGCUGUCAAGGGUUUAGUUGAGGGGUUGGUGAAAGGAGGGAGGUCUACAGAGGCGAAGGAUGUUGUUGCCAAGAUGAACUUUCUUGUGAAAGGGGAUGCUAUAGUUGCUUGGGAGAAGAUUGCUGCAGAAUUAUCUCUUGAAGAUGGAGCGCAAAGUUCAAAUCCUUGAUUUGCAGGAGGCAUGCACAUUACUUCUGCUUUAUUUACGUGUUUUGGCCUUUGAAUAACAAUGAAAAGAAGGGACUCACAUGGGAUCUAGUGUUGUCUAUGUGUUAUCUUGGGGCUAGUUUUCAAGGUCCAAAGGUUAGAUCAGAAUGUAAUGGAUGUCUCUAUGAAGCAGAAUGGUAAGGAGUUCCAUUUCAUAUUCUCUUUUCUGUAAGAGCUUCUAUCUUUUCUUUGUCUUGUAGUAGUAUUCAAAAAGAUGUUACAUAUUUGUUGAAAUGCUAAGGGAGUCAUGAUACUACUCUACA